AUGGCAAAGACUUCAAUCAGAUAUCACAAUUAUGAUUCAGAGAGUCAUAAUAUAGAUUUUGAUCGUGCUCAUGAUAGUGAAAAAGACAAAGGCUUCAAGAGAUAUCACAAUUAUGAUUCAAAAAGUUAUGGUAUAGAUUUUGGGCGUGCUCAUAAUAGAAAACUGGACAGAGGCUUCAACAGAUAUCACAAUUAUGAUUUAGGGAGUCGUGGUAUAAAUUUUAGGCGUGCUUAUGAUAGAGAACUGAAUAGAGGCUUCAACAAAUAUCACAAUUAUGAUUCAAAUAGUUAUGGGAGUUGUAUAGAUUUUGGGUGUGUUCAUGAUAGAGAAGUGGAUAGAGGCUUUAACAAAUAUUAUAAUUAUGAUUCAGACACUCAUGGUAUAGAUUUUGGUCGUGCUCAUGAUAAAGAACUAGACAGAGGCUUCAACAGAUAUCAAAAUUAUGAUUUAGAAAGUUGUUGUAUAGACUUUGGGCGUGCUCAUAAUAGAAAACUGGACAAAGACUUCAACAGAUAUCACAAUUAUGAUGUGGAGAAUUGUGGGAUAGAUUUUGGCCAUGCUCAUGAUAGAGAAUCGGAUGAGGCAUACUUUGUAACUGAAUAG